AUGCUGGCUGUGCAGAAAUUCGAACCCGAACUUUACUGUUGGUCAAAAGCACGAACUGCUUCGCAACGCUUCAUUGAUUGUGCCUGCUGUGACUUUGUGCUGAGUUUUGCCAAUGCUGAACCUCUGUUUUUCAGGGAUCCCAGAGAAAUGCUGGCCUUCUUCCUCGCUGCCGUCCUCUCUUACCUGCUGGCCACAGAAGGCUGGGCCCACAAAGUUGCUAGACCUGGUUGCCAUUUGCACUCUUUCAACGUCACCGUCCGGAGUGACCGUCAGGGCACCUGUCGUGGCGCCCGCACCCUCCAGGCCUGCGUGGGCUACUGCGAGUCGAGCGCCUUUCCCUCCAAGUACUCGGUCCUCCUGGCCAGCGAUUUCAAGCGCAACGUCACUUCAGCCUCCCAGUGCUGCACCAUCCGUAAGAUGCAAAAGGUGAAACUUCGGCUGCGUUGUGGUCUCGGCCCACACAAAACCAUGGACAUUUUCACCGCCAAGACCUGCCAGUGUGACAUGUGCCGGCUCUCCAGAUACUGA